AUCUGCAACACAGCCCGACAAUGGCUGCCAUACCGUCCUCACGAAUACUGCGACCCGGUCUAUCCUCCAAGAACCCGGAUGCCCUGCUCUCAUUCUUGGUCCCGUCCAUCCAAUGCAUGCGCAAUGCGCCCGUAGCACGAUUCUCGACAUCACCAGCACUAUGCAAGAAAGAUAACAACAAGACCCGAGGCCUUUCAGCCGUAAGAAACACAGGCCUUCGACCGAGACAAACACUGUCUGUGAAGAACAAAGAUUUCGAGAAUCAGCAAUUACCGAAGCCCGUCAAGAUCGAGAACAAGGUGACGGGCACACCAGACCAUGGCCUGUGGGACUUUUUCAAGGAUCAACAGCUGCUACAGACACCAGUCGAGGAACAGCGACACGGGAGGGCGUGGACGGUCGGCGAGCUGCGCAGCCGAGAUUGGGACUCACUGCACCAGUUGUGGUGGGUCUGCGUAAAGGAGCGAAACCGCCUAGCGACCGAAAAGAUCGAGCGCAAACGACUAGAAGCCGGCUAUGGUGACCUCGAAAGUACCCACCGCGACAGGACAGUGCAGGAGACCAUGAAGGCAAUUCUGGACACACUGGCGGAAAGGCAAAUCGCCUAUCAGGAAGCACUUGAGCUUGCAAAGCGCGAUCCGAGCAUUGAUCUCAGUCGGACAGACGGACCGCAAUACACACAGGAGCCAUAUGAUCCACUAGAGUCAGAAGAAGCGCCAUACGAUGCACAGCCGGAGCCCGCAGUCGAGGAACCCGCGAAAGCCAAAACACUUGCAUAACUGAACAGAAGCCGGAGGAGAAGGUGAACGCAUAGAAGCGUAGAUAGGGACACAUUCAAAUGGACGGUAGCCUGCGACGCACCGGGUAGUGCAGGAGCAUCAUUGUAUGAUCGUAGCGUGUAGAUUUGUACAUUAUGUCGCAUAUCAGAUGGCAAGCGGAAAACUAGAGCUGGCAGCAUUUGUUUGAUGUAGCGAAUCGUUUGUAGGGCUUCACAAGUCGGAUAACUUAACAGCCUUUGAAUCUUGAUGGGGUCAAAAAUUAGGAUGAAAUCCUUGCACCCUAGGUGUGCUCGAAACGCUAUAUGUUAUGAAAUAAUGCACAAAGGUCGGACGAGUCUCAUACGCC